GUGAGGGGUUGGUCUUGGGUUAGAGGAGUAGCCCCUGAGAUAUGGACGGGGAGUGGCCAGGGACCACCUCCACUGGGGGUAGGUGCGGCUAGGGGCCCUCCCCCUCUAAGGUGGUGUUCCCCAGAGGCAGAUUGGCCAGGGGACGGCCACCUAAGUGAGUGUGAUUAAUGGACCACGACUAGGAGGGAGCUCCCUUUGCCCGAAGGCGUUAUUGGCCUCAUUUUACGGGUAGGUGCUGGAGUAAGCAAAGCUGGAGCCACGGAUCGAGCGAAGGAUUUGGUUGGGGGAAUGAUUGAGACAACGGAAUGGCUGUAUUUUGUGGGAGCCCUGUGCUGGAGAGUUGUUGCACGUUCUGCGAUGCAAGGUCCCUGGAUUGUGGCAGAAUCGCCUGGUAAUCGGACCGUGUGAGCUGUACCAAGAGCCAUGGAGAAGGAGGGCAGCAUCCAGCUGGAGGUGCCAGAUUUCAGCAGCUCGGUGCUGGCCCAGCUCAAUCAACUCCGGAUGCAGGGGCGGCUCUGCGACAUUGUGGUCGAUGUCCAGGGGAAGUCAUUCCGUGCCCACAAAGCAGUGUUGGCUGCCAGUUCGCCUUACUUCCGAGACCAUAUGUCACUGGGUGAGAUGAGUGCUGUUUCCAUCUCUGUCAUCAAGAGCCCUGCGGUGUUUGAGCGCCUCCUGGCCUUCUGCUAUACGGGCAAGCUGUGUCUGCAGGUGGCUGAUAUCAUCAGCUACCUGACAGCUGCCAGCUUCCUCCAGAUGCAGUACAUCAUCGACAAAUGCACGCAGAUCCUUGAUGGCAUUCACUUCCGAAUCGACGUCUCUGAAGUAGAGGCGGGGUUGAACCAGGACGCUGCCAAGCGCCCAGCCCAAACCCGCAGCAUCGCUACCCCCAGUACCCGCCGUGCCAGGGCGGCCUCGGGAUUCAGCCGCAGAAGCCCACUGCCGGACGAGUUGGCUAGCAGUGGGGCUGACGAGAGGCUGGUUAGAAUUGACCGCGUGGGCCAGUGGUAUGUGGAGACGGGGGUCAGUGGCGACCACAGCCCAGAGGCUAUCCGACAAAUUGGCGGGAUGCGGAUCAAAACAGAGACGCCAGAUGAGUGGAUCAUGUCAGAGAACCAGCCAUCCGGGGAGGAUGGCAGCAGCGCAGAGGAGGUGACAGCUAUGGUGAUUGACAGCGCUGGGCACAGCACCUUGGUCCAGGAGGCCUUUCCCACCACUGCCUCAAGCGGCAAGAUCUCAAGACCCUCCAGCAGCUUCAGUGAGAUGGACAGGUUUAGCCCAUCUGGCAGUGUUGUUUGCACCGUGCCCGAGCGCCACAGAGCAAGGAGUGAGUCUCCAGGCAAAAAUGAGGAACGGAAACAGCCGAACUCUCAGGCAGAUGAGACUCCCCUUUUCGGUGUCAGUGGCUAUGAAGAGUACCUCCGGGACCAAGAAGUGGCCGAGCGCUGGUACCGCUACAACCCUCGGCUGACGUGCCUGUACUGCGGCAAGUCCUUUAACCAGAAGGGAAGCCUGGACCGCCACAUGCGGUUGCACAUGGGCAUAACACCCUUUGUAUGCCGAAUCUGCGGGAAAAAGUACACCCGCAAGGACCAGUUGGAAUAUCACAUCCGCAAGCACACCGGGAACAAGCCCUUCCACUGCCACGUCUGCGGCAAGAGCUUUCCCUUCCAGGCCAUUUUAAAUCAGCACUUCAAAAAGAACCACCCGGGCUGCACGCUGCUGGAAGGGCUACACAGUAUUUCACCAGAGACCACUUCCAAGGGACAGAAUGGGGAAGAAUCGCCACCUCGGGAUGAGGCGAAAACUAUUGGUGAACUGAUUCAUACUUCCGUCUCAACUACUGGGCCAGACUGAAUGUGCACUGGGGAGAUAUCUAUUUGUCUGUAGCACCCCAGGGGGCUGCUUUUAAUUUAGUGUGGACUGUUUCAUUUGAGUUUAGAACUGCUUAUGUAAAGGGUUUUUUUCCACAGGAAAAGAACAUUUGUUGUUGCACUGCUCCAAGUUGCAUGCAACCAUUGCUUCUUUACCCUUAUGACUUUCCCCCACCUUAUGAAGAUAACAGAGCAGAAAGUGAUUGGACUGUUGGUGCACUGGGAGGGGGUGGAAAACAGGGAAGAGAGGUGUGUCAUUCUCUGGGUCUUUUAAGAUCGGGUAGCUGAUGUUGAACAAUUAGAUCCAACAGAGAGCAUCUUCCUGCUCGAGUCUUCAAGGGUCCCACCAAGCACCUCACUGUGUGUCACACCCUGGGCCUGUUUUUUCACCUAUCCUGGAACAGCCCAGGAAACUGUUCUGUAAGAUCCAAUGUCACUUCCCCAUACUGUUGAAGGAACUUGUUCGUAGCUGUCAACAUUUGGAAGGAACAGAAACAAAACCAGUGCACCUUCUCCCAGGAAGGUGAGAGUAUUUGAGGGGGUGGGAAAUGAUUGGGUGAAGAAAAGGGACUAGAGUGGACCUGCUUAGGCAGAUUCUUCAAUGAUGGAGUACCUGUGCUGUGAAUGGAAAUCCCUGUGAUUCUGUACAUUUCUGUAAACGAAUGACAAAAAGUGUUUUUAACUAUAGAUAAUAUGUAAAAGAAAUAUGGAUACUCCAAAGGAAUGUGUGUGGCCAGGUUUGACAGUAGAUUUAUAGUUGAGUGGAUUUGUGUGUAGUGUUCGAGUUGUAUGUGUGUUUUUCGACCUGGAAUAUCUCAUUAUAAUGACUGAAGAGCAGUUUUUCUAAUAUACCUCUUUUAGACCGUCCAAUGAAGCAUUUUUGCAUGGGUUUGUGAAGCCUUUUUUUAAAAAAUUAUAAAUGGAUUGGGGAAAUGUACAGAACACAGAAUAUUCCAUAAUUUAUAGCAUUCUUGGAAUAAACUAAUUAAGUCACCGACUCUUUGAUUUUGGUGCAGAAAUACUUCUGCAAAGUGGGAUAGUUCAGGGAAAUUUGCGGGGGUGGGGUGGGGGGUACGGCACAGACUGGGUUUGGGAUGAUUUCACUGACUCCCUGACUAGAUGUUUUCCACUGUGGCACACUGACUGAUAGGACAGCUUCUCUCGCUUUCACUCUGCUCCUUCCAAACUUGUUUCCCUCUCAUUUAACACUUAGUGACCCACAAAUGCUUUGAAAUUAAUGCAUUAACACAAAACUGGUGGUGAGGGACACCUGGAUGAUUAUUGACAGUGUUGGAAACAAACCAUUUCUUAUGAGGAAUUCAGAGCAAAGGGCACAGUAAAAUUAGAGAGGCUGUUCAGGAGUGAUUUGACACUAAAGGUACUAGAAUUCUGGAACUAAGUUUCAUAAAUAGCUGUUGAGGUUGGAGCCAAUUGAAAAUUUCAAACCUGAGGUUGUUGGAUUUUUUUCCUUGGGUAAAGUCAUCAACAGUAAGAACCAGGGUGUAUAGAUAGAAUUAAGGUGACAAGUCAGCUGUGAUCUCAUUGAAUAGCAGCAUUGGCUCAAGGGGCUGGCUGAACUGUAUCCUCUUGUUUCAAAGGCUACUGAUAAUCAAUAUUUGGUGAGGGAAAUAUCACAACAAAACAAGGCUUGAAAAGUUUCAUAAGUCAGAGCUGUGCUAGUCACAUGAUUGAACCAAUAUCUUAGCUUUUUAUGCACUGUAACCUAUCCAGUCUGAAAGUCUGUUCAGGGACAAUUGUGUGGAAUUUUUUAAAGCAGUCACAAGCAUUCUGUCCGAUUUGGUUGGAAACAAUAUUUUGAUGAUAUAAAACAAUUACUUUAUAAUGUAAUUUAUCACCAUUGAAUGUAUCUGAUAAAUGUUUAUAUGCACAGUGUUCUCUGGUUCACUUGCUUCUGGUGUUAAGCAUUUUAACACCUGUCCACAAUCCAGAAAAUUCUGAAAUCCAGAAAUGACUUGAUGGCAUUUAUUCUGGACUGCAGAGGUUACAGUGUGUUUAAAUUAUAUUGAACCCAGCCAGGACAAACACAGGAAUGAGAUGAUGAAUCGUUCAUUGAGAUGAUUACAGUGAUUAGGCAGCGUCAAGGUAGAAAGGAAUCUUAAAUUGACGGAAGUCCUCAGAACAAAUAGGUUAGAGACAACAAGAUGCAGAGCUGGAUGAACACAGCAGGCCAAGCAGCAGCAUAGGAGCAGUAAGGCUGACGUUUCAGGCCUGAUCCUUCAUCAGAAAUUAAUAGUCAGUGCAAUAUUGAGAUCAAUAGAGUUUAUUACACAGGUUAGAGGAAGAUUGGACAUUGUCUUUUAACCUAGCAGAGAGAGGGAAGGUGUACAAAGAUGUUCCAUCAAAGCAAUUAGUUCUGCCUAACUAAUUUUUAUAAGCAGGUACUUUCAAUUACAUUUACCCAUCUGAUUCCCUCCAAUACUAUUGAUGCAGUUUCUACCUCAUCACUAACCCUAGCAGUGAAUUCCACACCCUCAUUUGUUAUUGAGUAAAAAAGAACGUUAUCAUGUCCUUUGUCUAAAUCUCACUUAAUCUUGUAUCUGUACCUCCUUUGCUCAUGACUCCUCAACUACUAUAAAUUAUAUCCUUCUUCUAAAUUUAAAUAGUCCAUAUUCGUCAUGAUUUUAACAAGAAAAACUCAAUUUUACGAUGAAGAAGGGUCCUGACCCAAAACGUCAGCUUUCCUGCUUCUCUGCUGCCUGGCCUGCUGUGUUAUCUCAGAUUCCAGUAUCAGCAGUUCUUACUAUCUCAAUUUUACAAGUUAGUCUUCAUGUUUCCUCUCACUAGUUCAAGUUCCCUAGGGAAUCUGCACUGUAUCCUCUCCAAAGCUGUAAUAUCCUUCUUGCUGUGUACAGCUCAAUGUGCAGGCUGAACUCUUGACGCUUUAUCCCUUGGCUCAUUUUUUUUUUUAAAUAUAUCUCAAGGUAAAACAGAAUAGAAUUACAUUUUUUGAAACUUUAUCCACUUUCAAUGUUGCACUUAAUGUUUUGUGAUGUGUAAAAGACUACUCUCCAGAGCUCCAUGUGUAUUUCCAAUCAGUAUAAUUACUGCUACUAACUGUACCAAAAUGCAUCACCCCAUACUUGCAGUUAGUUUCAUCUGCCUCUUUUUAGGCCAUUCUCUCAAUCUGGUGGUUUCCUUUAGUCUUCUAAAGAAUCAAGUAUUCCCCUCCUGUUUUGGUUUAUCUGCAUAUUUCAAUACUAGCCUCUUUAAGGUUGAUGUUGAAAUCAUUGAUGGAUGCAAUGUGCAUGAGUAACCCAGAGCAGAAACCUGUUGGACACUACUAUUCUGCUUUUUAUGAAUAACGUUGCCUCUGCUCUCACCAGUUUUAAUCUAGUUUGCCAUUUCCCCAACUCCCCCAAUUUCAUACCCAUUUAUCUGCUGUCAAGUUCUCAAGUGAUACCUUUUGUGAGAGGUUUUUCUUGAGUGCGUGUGGGAAAAAAAAAAUCCACUUUGUCAUCUACCAACUUUGUUAGCUGCUCAAAGCACUGAGGUUCGUCUAGCCUGAUUUGCUCCCUUUUGAAAUCUGUUCUGAUUGCUUCAAACUGUUUUAUAUUUAACCAGGUAUGCAGCAGUUUGUUAUUUGAAGACGGCCUGCUGCAGAUGUUAAUUGGCCUGUAAUUCCCAGAUUAGCACUGACUCAUUCUCUAUACCUCUGGAAAAUGCUUUCACUCAGUGCAGUCCUGAUAUAUAACUUCAUGGGCCUCUGUGCUGUCCUCACAACCUCAGGAUGAUUCUAGUAUUUGUAUUAGGUCUGGAUCUUCAGCUUAAUUUAUCUAAAAUAAUAGCCAGCCAUCCACCAUAGUAACUCAGAGUUUAUCCCUUCUCCAGUAUCUGUCUUUUUGUUACUAAAGAUUAAUGAGGAGCAUACUCCUGUAAUUUUAUUGAUCAUCUGUAAAUUGUCAAUCAAACACUGGAUUAUAAUGUGAUGUUGGACAUGACGUGUGGAGCAGUUGAGAGAGGGAGUCUGACUGAAGACGGGAGAGGGUGAAGAGUGGUUGGAAAGGGAGAAUGAUUGAGAAUAGGAAGAAGCAUGAAACACUGACAUGUUGGGCACAGGGGAGCGGGCAAGAUUGGACAGGCUUUAUGUAAAUAUAAGUUUUCUAAUAUAUAUCUAUUCAAAUGGCUUUCCUGUUUUUCUGCUUUCUGUUCUUCCCUUUAACGUAUCCACUUUACAUGAUUAAAAAUCAAUUAAUUCUGCUAAAUGAGGUUCCCUGUUACUGUUAUGAAGCUGAUAAUGAUAGAGAAAUUUGAAACGUAAGUUGUGAAAAUGUGUUCAGGCUGAGUUUUGAUGGUCCAGUAACCUGCUAAUUCUCAAGGACAGCAACUGAAAACUUAUGAGCCACUCACAAGCCCCAGUGAACAGAGGCAAAACUCUGGGUAAAAUAAACUGAUGCAAGAAAA